AUGGGAGGCAUUCGUGAAAAGAAAGUUGAAUAUUUCGCUAAAUUAAGAGAAUACUUUGAAGAGUACAAGUCUUUAUUCGUCGUUGGUGUCGAUAAUGUUUCUUCUCAACAAAUGCAUCAAGUCAGAAAGGCUUUGAGAGGCAGAGGUGUCGUCUUAAUGGGUAAGAACACUAUGGUCAGAAGAGCCAUCAGAGGUAUUGUCCAAGAAAUGCCAGACUUAGAAAAGUUGGUUCCAUUCAUCAGAGGUAACGUCGGUUUUAUUUUCACCAACUCUUCUUUACAAGAAAUCAAGGAAGUUAUUAUUUCCAACAAGGUUUCUGCUCCAGCCAGAGCCGGUGCUGUUGCUCCAGAAGAUAUCUGGGUCACUGCCGUUAACACCGGUAUGGAACCAGGUAAGACUUCUUUCUUCCAAGCUUUAGGUGUCCCAACCAAGAUUGCCAGAGGUACCAUUGAAAUUGUCUCCGAUGUCAAGGUCGUUGAAGCCGGUAACAAGGUCGGUCCUUCCGAAGCUUCCUUAUUGAACUUGUUGAACAUUUCUCCAUUCACCUAUGGUUUAACUGUUGUUCAAGUUUACGACAACGGUCAAGUUUUCCCAUCUUCCAUCUUAGACAUCACUGACGAUGAAUUAGUUUCUCACUUCGUCUCUGCCGUCUCUACCAUUGCUUCUGUCUCUUUAGCUAUCGGCUACCCAACCUUGCCAUCUGUCGGUCACACCUUGAUCAACAACUACAAGGACUUAUUAGCCGUCGCUAUUGCUUCCAAGUACAUCUUCCCAGAAAUUGAAGAAUUAGCUGACAGAAUCGAAAACCCAGACAAGUACGCUUCCGCUGCUCCAGCUGCUGCUGCUGCCGCUGCUUCAGGUUCUUCCGACGCUCCAGCUGCUGAUGCCGCUGAAGAAGACGAUGAAGAAGAAGACGAUGACAUGGGUUUCGGUUUAUUCGAUUAA